AUGGCGUCAACCAAUCCAAUUCAACUCCCCGUCAUCGAUAUAUCAGACCCAUCCAAUGCGGCAACCGGCCGCGAAAUGCUGGAUGCCGCUGUCAAGUACGGUUUCUUCUACGUCCACGGAAAGGGAAGCGACUUUACGGCCGCACAGGUCGAUUCGACGUUUGACAUUUCGAAAAAGUUCUUCGCCUUGCCAAAGGAGGAAAAGGAGACAUGUCGGAUCCGGACUGAUAAUCGAGGGUGGUCAGGGAUGCACUCGGAGAUUCUAGACCCGGAACACCAGCGAACGGGCGAUUUCAAAGAAGCGUUGAACUUUGGUGAAUUCCAAGACGGCAAGCCCCAACAGCCUCUCCCUACAGCUCUCCAUUCCGACGAAGCAGAAAUCGGACAUUUCGCGAGCCUGUGCAAUAAAACCUGUGCAGCCGUCCUGAGACUACUUGCCUUGGGGUUAGAAAUCGACUCAGAGUACUUUGUGACUCGCCACGACGCUUCUCGCGGCGCAACAGGCUCGAUUCUUCGCUUUUUAUACUACCCAUCCAUCAGCUCGCCCGCAUCGUCGACGUACCAGCACGACAUUGACGUCCGCGCCGGUGCUCACUCCGACUACGGAACAAUCACGCUCUUGUUCCAACGACCAGGCCAGCCGGGCCUCGAAAUCCUGACAGCUUCGGACACAGAAGGAAACAACAACAAUUGGGCUCCCGUACCUGUCUGGCCCGAAGGCGCCACAUCCGAAGCCGACGAGUUCCCUCCAAUUCUGAUAAAUAUCGGCGACAUGCUGAGUUUCUGGACGAACGGACUACUCAAAUCGACCAUCCACCGGGUCGUUUUUCCUCACGCCGAGCGAGAUCCAGCCGCGACAGUAAAGUCUCCAGAUAGGUAUAGCGUCGUGUUCUUCUGCCACCCGAUCGACAACUGCAACCUCGUACCACCGGUCCCGAGUACACUCGUCGCUGCUGCUGGGGCAGAUCAAAAGAGCGUCGAAAGUGGCAAAGUCGGGUUUGGCGGUGGCGCGGGCUUGCUGAGCGAAAGACGGUCGAUGACAGCCAAGGAGUACCUCAAUAUGCGUCUCUCUGCUACGUAUGACGACCGAGAGGAGGUCGCAUCUACAAAGUAA